UCUUCGACCAAGCCAUUUGGUUUCGAAGAGUUCGCCAGAUCGAUCACCUCUUCACUACCGCAGGUGCGUACCUCUCUCGGAACUUAGGAGAUCGAACAUGGGCUUCCGCCGCCACGGCUUCGUCGUCUCGGGUUGCGCCGCUGGCUUUCUUGUGGUCACCGUGUUGGUGUCCGAUAGCUUAUGGCUGCCGCAGGUGUCUGUACUACCCAUGUUUCGCCUGACGAAUCCAAAAGAUGGACUUGGGAUAGAAUUAGAGGGAGCUUCCACGAGGAACAAGACCUUGAUAAUAGGAGUGAUCAACGAGGCCUCUGUGGAAGACAAUGGAAUGCUGCAGCUUUUCCUCCAAAGCAUGCGAGAAGGGGAGGAUACUGCGUUCUUGAUCAGACACGUUCUCCUCGUCGCCACCGAUCAGAUUGCAUACAACCACUGCAUGGUUCUUCAACUCCAUUGCCAUCAGCUUUACACUGACGCUCUUCUCCUUUCUCCGGCCUUAAGCAUCCAAUCUGCAAGCUUAAUCAGCCUCGCUUCGACGCUAACCCUAUUCCUUGGAGAAGUUCUCUUGCGUGGGUACAGCUUCAUCUUCACAGAUAUGAAUGUCAUGUGGCUAAGAAACCCAUUCGCAAGGUUGAAUCACAAUGGAGAAGACAUGCUGUUAAGUGGCGAUCUUUACGACAGUGGCUUAUACUUUGUUUCUUCAAAUACGAAGACCAUGGCCUUGUUCAAGCAAUCAUAUGCUGUGAUGAAUGAGUCAAGAAGCAUGAAGGGAGAUGAUGUGCUUCAUCUUAUGAGAUCUAAAAGGUUCAUCCAGCAGUUGGACAUGAAAGUGGGAUACUUGGACACAGCACAUUUCACCAAUUUUUGUCAGGGUACUCUUGAUAUUGCAAAGGCCGCCACAGUGCAUGCAAACUGCUGCCCCAGCAGCAAAGCAAAGUUUGCUGAUCUCACAGCCACCUUAGAUGUCUGGAAAACAUAUAAUAAUGGAACACCUAAUGUCACAUUCUCUGCUCACAGUUCUUGUGCCAAAUCAUGGAAGACUCAUCAGCUGAAAACAUCUCUGCAAGCUGCUGCUAUGGGGAACAAGACAUUGGUCAUCAGUUACUUGAAUAAGGCAUAUGUUGAAGAGAACGGCAUGCUCGAUCUUUUCCUAAGAACCUUGAAGGAAGGGGAGGAUACUGCAUUCUUGAUCACCCACCUCUUCCUCAUCACAGUCGAUCAGACUGCGUUCGACCGCUGUAAAAUGCACAGACUUCAUUGCUACAGGCUUGUUUCUGAGGGUCUCAAUUUCUCCAAAGAGCAGCUCUUCAUGUCUGAUGGAUACAUCAAUUUGGUGUGGCAAAAAGUUGUGGUUCUUGGAGAAGUUCUCAAGCAUGGAUACAACUUCAUUUUCACGGAUAUGGACAUAAUGUGGCUAAGGAAUCCAUUCUCCAGGUUGAGUCUCUAUGGGGAGGACUUGCAGAUAAGCUGUGAUUAUUACAAUGGCAGGCCUUACGAUGAUUCCAAUCACAUCAACACUGGCUUUUUCUAUGUGGCCUCAAAUAACAAGACCAUCAAGCUGUUCGACAUGUGGUUCGAAUCAAGAAAAACCCUCAGAAGGAUGCACGAUCAAGAUGUUCUGGCGUUUCUGAAAUCUAAUGGAGUCUUCAAGCGGCUGGGCGUGAGUGUUCGGUUCUUGGACACCCUCUACUUCAGCGGAUUCUGUCAAGUCACCAAGAACUCCAAGGAAGUGAUUACAGUGCAUGCGAACUGUUGUCGAAGCAUAAAAGCGAAGGUAGAUGACCUGACCGAAACCCUAGAAGCCUAGAAGAAGUUGAAGGGCACAACAACAGUUGGCUGGCCGCAGCACAGAGCAUGUAGUCAAUCAUGGAGCGCAUGACUGCCAAAUGUAGCGUCCGAAUCUUGUAUUUGUUGACGUUAUAUAGAUUACAAUGCCUGUUUUGAUGA